UUUUAGAAAAAAUACAUUUGAAAUGUGUCAUUUUAGUCAGGCAAUAUGAAAAACAACACUUCGUGUCACAGCUCAUUGUUUUGAUUUUUGGUGCGCGCUUGUUAUGAAUACCUGUGUAUAGGCUACAAAACUAAUACCUUUAUUGGUUUUAAUUAUUUUAUACAGACAUUAUCCUGGCGUUUAUUUAGUAUCCCGUGGCACUGAAUCCUAUUCAAAGGCACAAAUAUUGUAGCUGCAUGUAAUUUACCUACAAAAAAGUCCACAUUAGUAUAUUUAGUGAAUCAUGGAGCACAAUGGACUGCUGUCCAAUAACGCUUGUCAGACACAUCUGAAAUGGGUUAAUGGAUUCACAGAGACGUCGCCUAUCUGUUUACCCAGUAAACGUAAACGAAAUGAUGUGAAUACUGCAAAUGGCCACGAAGAGGAUGGUCCGAAGGGGUUUCCCUCCAAAGAGAGUUUGAGGAAACGUGGCUUUGUCUUGAUUGAUGGCCAGAGAGGUGUGUUCUACUCUGAGAGCUGGGAGCCCAAUGGCAGCACUUUAUACCUGCCUGUAAAUGGCUCUUUGUUAGCCAACAUCGAAAAAUAUGAUCAGAUCAGCUUUGAGCAGGGCUGCUUCUGCAUUGGCAAUGCAGCAGGUGGAUUUCAACAGAAAGUCCAAGGUCAAGUGAUCCAUUGCUGGCGAUAUAGUGAACGUGAGCGAAAGCUUUUCAUUGCACUUUCUUACUUGUUCACAAACGAACAAGUGUUCCAGGAAGUUAUCAGCACUCUUGAUUGUCUCUGAGGAUUCUGAGUACACAGUGCCAUCUAAACUAUUUUAUUUAGUGUUGCCUAGUCAUUUCACUUCCUUGUUACAAUGUCUUUGUUACAAACAUUAUUUUACAUAUUGUGAUAUCAGUUGAAGAUCCGCUGUGCCUUUGACACAUCAGUGUAUUUCUGUUCUGUGCUGUUACAGCACUUUCACAGUGAGUCAACGAUGAAUGAUAUCAGCCAUGUUUGAUAUCUAAAAAGUGUAUAGUUAAGCAGUGUUAUUAUGUUCCAUAAAUGUGGAUACUGAUUUGUUUUGCAUGACAAACACUAUUGUAAGCGAUCCCGCAGCCUCAGUUAUUGCUGUGAACCAAAACAUGACAUGAAAAUACUGUAUUUUAGAUGCCUGUCAAGCUUGUUGCUGAUUUUGUGCACUAUAUUUGUACUCUAAAAAUGUUUGUACUGCUACGUUGCUGUUGUAUGUGUUAAGCUUUGCUUUUAGUGACUUUUUAUAUAUUUUCUUUUUUACAAUAAAAUGGAAGACUAAUAACUGUAAAUCCA